AUGUCCUUAGUCCAUUUGGCGUUCUUAGUCUCAACUAUCAUUCUUAGAACUUACUCGUUUUCUGGGCUAAACUCUACAAAUUCAGAUGCAGAUAGUUUAGGUAAUAAAAACAGCGGCUGCAUAACAGGGCCUGUUGUGGAGGAAUUCACUUUUCCUGCAAAAUCAGCUCCCUUCAACAGUUGUCAUGCUUCUACAAUUGUUGAGGUUGGGAAUGGUCAUUUUUUGGUUGCUUAUUAUGGGGGCACAUCAGAGGGGGCACCUGAUGUAAAAAUAUGGUUGCAGACGUAUAAGAAUGGCAGAUGGCACUCACCUGUAAUAGCUGAUGAAGAACCAAAUGUUCCUAUGUGGAAUCCUGCACUGUUCAAACUUCCAUCAAAUGAGUUACUGCUGUUCUACAGAAUAGGCCUAGAUGUUCAAAAAUGGAGUGGAUUCAUGAAACGCUCAUAUGAUAAAGGAGUUACCUGGACAGAAAGAGAACAACUUCUUCCUGGUGUACUAGGACCUAUAAAGAAUAAGCCUCUCUUGCUGGAUAAUGGUGACUUGCUUUGUGGAUCUUCUGUUGAAAGCUGGAACUCUUGGGGAGCAUGGGCAGAGGUUACAACAGAUUCUGGCAAGACAUGGAGAAAGUAUGGCCCAAUUUACGUUGAGAAUAAGUCUCUUGGUGUGAUUCAGCCAGUACCAUACCAAACAGCAAAGGGGACACUACGGUUUUUGCUUCGAUCCUUUACUGGCCUCAGUAGAGUUUAUAUGUCAGAAUCCUUUGAUGGUGGCAAAACUUGGGCAUAUGCAAAGCCAACACCACUUCCCAACCCAAACUCAGGCAUUGAUGGGGUUAAGCUGAAAGAUGGCCGUUUAUUGCUUGCUUAUAAUACAAUUUCAAGGGGUGUGCUUAAACUUUCCCUCUCCGAGGAUGACGGUGAUUCCUGGCAUGAAGCACUUACAUUGGAGGAUACCAUGGGAAUGGAAUUCUCUUAUCCUGCUGUUAUACAAGCUAGUGAUGGGCUAGUACAUGUCACCUAUACAUAUAAUAGGACACAAAUUAAGCACGUUGUUGUUAGGCCAAGGUGAUGCAGACCAACUGGUUUCAGAUUGGCAAGCAGCUAAAACAAGUCCUUCAUGUCUUUAUUAUAUAUGACAUGGAAAACCCUAGCAACAUACUCU